UCGCAGGUUGAUGACCCACGUGGUGUUUGUCACUUCCCUCCCUUCCGCUCCAUUGUUUCAGGUUUCGCUUUAACGGAUUUACAGAAGCCGUUUUCCCCCUGAGAUCACUCAAUGCUGUGGAAUACCCUGGACAUAAGGUAAAGGUGUGCGGGGGUCGCCGCCCACCAGAGCAGAAACAGGAUGUGAUGCCACAGCGUUAGCUGCUCCCGUUUCCUGUCCAGCUGUGUGUGUUUGCGACCGGACAGGAGAUGUUUGAAGUCAAACCCCGGGCGGUGGAGAAGAAAGAGUCUAGCACGGAGACAGAUGAGGGGCUGGGCAGCAGCGGGAAGCACUUCGGCUCGCUGGGCUCCGGUUCGGCCGACUCUGGCUCCGUCUACCUGUCGGACAGCCAGGACUGGGUGGUUUCUCCGGGCUGCUCUCCGGACGAUGCACCCGGGCAUCUCACUGCCAUCUCCCCCAUGCUGGCCGAGGAGACUUUCCGCUACAUGACGUAUCUUGCUUUGGAGCCCUCCUCUCAUUCCCACCCCGGCUCUCAGAGCCUCUCCAAAGUCCUCAGUGGUGAUCGCGUGGAGCAGAUGACCAAGACGUACAAUGAAGUGGACGUGGUGUCGCACCUUCUGGCUGAGCGGGACAGAGACUUGGAGCUGGCAGCUCGGAUCGGUCAGUCUCUUCUGCAAAGGAACCACCUGCUGCAGGAACGCAACGAGGCCAUAGAGGAGCAGCUGGCACAGACACUCGAUCAGGUUCACCAGCUGCAACAUGAGCUCAGUAAAAAGGACGAGUUGCUCCGGAUGGUGGCCAGCGCCUCGGAGGAAAGCGAGACGGACUCCAGCGUGUCGACGCCGCAACGCCAGCCUCCGCCGCUGCGUGGAAACACCGCCGCCGCCACCCUCAGCCAGCUGGAGUCCCUGCAGAAUAAACUGCAGGAUCUGGAGGAGGAGAACCUGGCGCUGAGAUCUGAGGCGUGUCAACUGAAGACCGACACCAUCACCUAUGAGGAGAAGGAGCAGCAGCUGGUGAGCGACUGUGUGAAGGAGCUCCGUGAGUCCAACAGCCAGAUGGUGUCUCUGACGGAUGAACUGUCUCACAAGAACGAGGAGCUGCUCAGACACCAGGAGGAAAUCGCUCAGCUGCUUUCCCAGAUAGUGGAGCUGCAGCACAGAGUGAAGGAGCUGGCUCUGGAGAAAGAGGAGCUGAGGAUUCACCUGCAGGCGUCUAAAGAGGCUCAGAGACAGCUCACAGCAGAGCUGGACGAGUUGGCCGACAGGAACGCCGAGUGUGUAGAGAUGCUCCACGAGUCCCAGGAGGAGAUCAGAGAGCUGCGCAAUAAAAACACUCCCUCGGCUGGGAUGAGAAGGCACCUUUCCUACGGCCUGUACCCCAUGGACUCUUUGGCAGCGGAGAUCGAGGGCACCAUGAGGAGAGAGCUGAGUGUGGAUGAGGAGACCAUCUCUCAGGACCAAAGAUUAUCCCAGAGGCGAGUCUUUCAAACAGUUCGCUCCAUCAACGCUUCGGUGUUGCGGCCAGCCUCGGCCACUCCUCCCAUCCCCGGAUCAGGGCAGAGCUCUCUGGUGAUGACGGCACAGCCCUUCCAGUCCAAUCAGGGGUGCGUUACCAGUAUUCCUGUCACUCACGCGGUGAAUAGUCUUAAUAAUAUCAAACUAUCCUUACCUUGCUCCAGGGAGGAGGUGCGUAUCGGCCAGCCCGGCUGUCCCGGAGGAAACGACCUGACCAAAGCUCUCCACCGGCUGUCGCUGCGCAGACAGAACUUCAUGUGCGAGCGCCGCUUCUUCCAGGCGGAGCGGGAGAAGAAAAUGCAGGCGUUGUCCGAGGCCGACGGGGAAAGCAGCGGCUGUGUCUCCCCGUCGGGCAGCGCCAUGUCCUCCUUCUCCAACCUGUCCGAGCUCUCAUUCAGCUCCAGCGUUUUCAAGACCUUCCUGCCCGAGAAGCUGCAGAUCGUUAAGCCCAUGGAAGGCUCACUGACGCUCCACCACUGGCAGCAGCUGGCCAAACCUCACCUGGCCACCAUCCUGGACCCCCACCCCGGUGUGGUGACGAAGGGUUUCUGCCCCCUGGCUCAGGACGCCUGCUACCACCUGUCGGACAUGGAGGAGGACGAGGAGGGUGAAUCGCGCAGGAGUAACCAGGAGAAAGGGGCAGCAGAGCGGGGUAAGGAAGAGGAAGACGAGGAAGAGGAAGAAGGCGGGAUAACCUUCAAGGUCAAGGUGUCAUCCACGCCGGACAACAGGAAGGACAGGAAGCAUUCGGUGUCGCCACUUCCUGUCCCGCCUCCCUCCCCCGUCAUACCUACGCCUGCUUCUUCCUCCUCCGUCACAUCAGACCUCUGUCACGAAUUCAGCCAGUCAUCCACCAUUCCAGGAAAUUGUACAGCCGUGGUCCAAUCACAGAGCCAGAUCUCCACAACAACAACAACAACAACAACAACAACAACUUCUUCCAUCCAAAAUCCAGGGAAGUGCCAGAGCUCCACCUUCUCAACGUACACCUUCACGACCUGCAGCAUCCUGCACCCGAGUGACAUCACACAGGUCACCUCGAGUUCUCAGUCGUCCAUCAUGGCCAACACUCCCAGCUCCAUGAGGACUGGUCCCAGUACUCCUGUGACUCCCUGCAGGCUGAGUCUCGGGGACUGUUUCCCCCCUCGACGCCCCCCUGUACCCACCAGCGGCCUGGCUAAGCUGGUCCUGGAGAGAGGCAUUUCUGCACAAAUCUCCACUGACACCCCUCCUCCAUCGCCGAAACCUACAUCCCGGCAGCCCCUCUUCCGGCUCCUCCCGAGCACGCCGCCUAACUCCCCCUCCCACUCGCCGUCUCCCUCUCCGGUGCCGCACGAGUCCCGUCAUCACCCGGCGGAUAACUUCCUCGCCUCGCGGCCGGCAGAGCUUUUCCUGCAGGACGUUUACGGGUUGAACCUGGGCCGCGCUCCACAUCCAGACUUGCCGAGCCCCUCCCAGGAAGCUCCAGCCCGCGCCCCGUCCCCUAAAUCGGGUCGACCCAGGCCCGACCUUGGCCUGGUGGAGAGGCUUCGGCGGCUGGGAUUCACUAAAGUGCUCCAGGGCUCCAAGUCCGAAGCGUCGGCGCCACGGCAGGAUUCUUCUACGUUUGUGUCGGCAGGUGGCGGGAGCCUGUUGGACGGUUUGAGGCGUAACCAGAGCCUACCGGCCAUGAUUGGCGCCCGAGCUGGGAAGUCGACUCCUCCUCCUCACCCCACCACCCUCGCCCUCCCCUCUACUCCCUGGGGAAACCCCAGAGAACGACGCCGGCAUCUUGGCUCCGUCUCCAAUGUCCCAUCCAAACGUUGAAGAGGUGGAUGGACUCUUCUUGAACCUCCAGCCUCCUCUUCCUCUUUCUCUGCCUUUGGAGAGGGAAGUAACCGCAGAACAAUCCCUCCUUUUUAAGACUUAAUUUUAAAGCACAAUUUAACUGAACUUUUUAGCUAAACCGCAGUGUCUGUGUGUAGAUGUGUGCUAGUUACCGAGGCCUUAGUUUGCCUUGGGUUUUUCCACAUCUUGACUCCUUCUCAGUCAUAUAUUUAUCCCGUGUGGCUCUGGAUGUUCAGGUAAAGGUAGAAGAGGUACAGAAGGGUAACAUGUAAGUGGAGGAAAGGUAGUGGAUGUGGAUUAAAGAAGUUAAUAUGAACGUAGGAAAGGAAGGUUUUCUUUAAACGUAAAAAGGGAUAAGUAAGUGAGAGAGAGACUGAGCAUCCAGGGUUGCUAUUCCAAGGGCUUGUUCUGUAGAGGGUUGGAAAAGCUUUAGUCUGUAAUUGAAUACAGCCAGGCCCCUUUUAAAAGUCAAUGGUUCAUGGUCAUCUGACAAUAACCAGUCACAAGAGAAGGGAAUAAUGAAUAUUUCCUUUAAUUCAAACCAAUAUAUUCAUUUUAAUUAUGCAAAUGUGACAUUUUUGCAUGAAGAAUAACCACAAUUAAUUUAUCAAAACAGUUAUUUUUCUGUGGAUCAAAGCCGCUUUAUUCAACGUGCUUCUUUUACUUGAGGAUUUUAAGUGCUAGCUGGCUUAAUAGCAUACUGCUAGGCUAAUAUUGUAGUCGUUCCAUGCUAUUAACACGCCAGUAUUAAUAUUAUCAUUUUGCACGGAUGUUUUGUUGACCGUGCCUCUUGCAACUUUGCCUACAAGUCCCAGCAUGCAUUGAGGCUAAAAGCAAAGCCAGAUGCAUACCAUACGCAAGGCAAAAACAAAAAAAGGUCUGCCUUUUCCUUCAGGUCCUUGUGUUUUGAAUUGUAGAAGCCGUUAAGUAGAAGCCAGUACUGAUAUCAUUUAUUUUCCCGCUCAGCCAUGUUGGUAUUAUAUUAUUUGCACUCAUUGGGAUUUGGAGUUUGUGUUAAUUUGGGGUCACUGAACACUUUUUUAAAUGCAUUUGAAGGCAUUGACACUUCUUUUAGAUGUCAAACACAUCCAGGUUUAUAAUGUGUAUGGGAGAGUAUUACGUUAAGGGAUAAGGGGGUAAAUGAGAAGAACAUUUUGAUUUAUAAUUGCCUAAUAUUAGUAGUUCACACUGUCCGGCAGGUAGGAGAAUUCCUGUAGGAAAGCAUACUAAAGUUCACCUUAAUUAUUCAUUUAUAUCCUUUUAAUUUCACGUUUAGAUAAAGGGAAGCGUGGAGCUUUGUGCUUGACCCCUUGUCCCCAGAAUCCACACCGCUCCAACUCUGCACUGACACUGAAAACAUAUUAAUUUAGCAUAACGAUGUCUGCUAACAUUAGGACUCAAGGUUUUAAUAUGUUUGAUUUGGCUUUCCACAUCAACAGAAGGGAGUCCAGAUGAGGGCAAAAGUGGAUUUAUUUUCAAGUAAUGCAAUACACAUAUAUAAAGUAUGAGAAGAACAUCCAGACUUUUCUUACCCGAACCUUUGAUGUAUUAUAUCACCCUUUUCCAGCAAUGCAGGAGUUCAGCUGUGUGUCUUUUAGCUAUGAUAUAAGCUCUCCCUUCUUCAUGCCUCCCUUUAUAAGAUCAUAAUCCUCUGUAAGCUACUUUUCAGUUGCCUCUUUUUUUAAAUAAAGCAAUGGAAACAAAA